AUGGCCAGGCCCUGCGUGGCUCAUCCGUGGCUUUCCCGGGACACUCCAGGUUCCAUCAAGAGUCGCUCGGCCACGGUGGGCAGCCGCAGGCCUGCACCUUUGCAGCAGACGCCCUGCCCGGGCCUGCCCCGGUGGCCACCAUCCACCCUCUGCAUGUCCGCCCCACCAUGCGUCCACCCCACCGUGCCCCGCCCCACCGCACGUCCACCCCACCGCGCGUCCACCCCACCGCGCGUCCACCCACCGCGCGUCCACCCCACCGCGUGUCCAACCCCACCGCGCGUCCACCCACCGUGCGUCCACCCCACCGCGUGUCCAACCCCACCGCGCGUCCACCCCACCGCGCGUCCACCCCACCGAGCGUCCACCCACCGCGCGUCCACCCCACCGCGUGUCCAACCCCACCGCGCGUCCACCCCACCGCGUGUCCAACCCCACCGCGUGUCCACCCCACCGUGCCCCGCCCCACUGCACGUCCACCCCACCGAGCGUCCACCCACCGCGCGUCCACCCACCGAGCGUCCACCCCACCACGCGUCCACCCCACCACGCGUCCACCCACCGUGCGUCCACCCACCGCGCGUCCAACCCCACCGCGCGUCCACCCACUGCGCGUCCACCCCACCGCGUGUCCAACCCCACUGCGCGUCCACCCACCGCGUGUCCAACCCCACCACGCGUCCACCCAACCGCGCGUCCACCCCACCGCGUGUCCAACCCCACCGCGCGUCCACCCCACCGUGCCCCGCCCCACUGCACGUCCACCCCACCGAGCGUCCACCCACCGCGCGUCCACCCACCGAGCGUCCACCCCACCGCGCGUCCACCCACUGCACGUCCACCCCACCGCGCGUCCACCCACCAUGCGUCCACCCCACCGUGCCCUGCCCCACCGCGCGUCCACCCCACCGUGCCCCGCCCCACUGCGCGUCCACCCCACUGCGCGUCCACCCCACCGUGCGUCCACCCCACCGAGCGUCCACCCCACCGCGCCAUCUAAGCGUAGACUGGAAGAACAUCUAG